CCCUCCUCCCUUUCCCUUUUCUCUCUCGCUUUUUUCUUAUUCCUUUUCUAUCUCAUUUUCUCGCCUUCCAAACACUCUCAACAAUGAGCAACGACGCUUCCAAAAACGAUACAACACGCGUCCCCGCUGCUGACGCCGAUCUCCCCGCUGCCGCAGCUGCUCUUAGUCCCGAGGAUCGUGCUGAUCUCGUUAAUGCGCUCAAGGAUAAACUUCAGCUCUUGGCUGGGCAGCAUGUGGACAUCCUUGACACGCUGUCACCCAAAGUCAGGGAACGCAUGGAGGUUCUCAGAGGUCUGCAGAGCCAACAUGAUGAGUUGGAGUCAAAGUUUUUGGAGGAGAGAGCAUCAUUGGAAGCUAGAUACCAGAAGCUUUAUGAACCACUUUUCACAAAGAGGUAUGAGAUUGUCAAUGGCAUAGUCGAGGUUGAGGGAAUUACAGAUGAAGCAGGGACAGACAAAGAGAAAGUUACGGAAGAGAAAGGAGUUCCAGGCUUCUGGCUAACUGCAAUGAAGACUAAUGAGACAUUGACUGAUGAGAUCACUGAACGUGAUGAAGGAGCUCUCAAAUAUCUUAAAGACAUCAAGUGGAGUAAACUCGACAAUCCCAAGGGUUUUAAGCUGGAGUUCUUUUUUUCUACAAAUCCAUAUUUUAAGAAUUCUGUUCUGAUAAAAACGUAUCACAUGAUUGAUGAUGAUGAUGAUCCUAUAUUAGAGAAAGCAAUAGGAAUGGAGAUUGAAUGGUAUCCAGGAAAGAACUUGACGCAAAAGAUUUUGAAGAAGAAGCCAAAGAAAGGGUCAAAGAAUGCUAAACCUAUCACAAAAACAGAACAAUGUGAUAGUUUUUUCAACUUUUUCAACCCACCCCAGAUCCCUGAGGAGGAUGAUAUCGAUGAAGAUGCUGUUGAAGAGCUGCAGAGCUUGAUGGAACAUGAUUAUGACAUUGGUUCUACAAUUCGGGAUAAAAUUAUUCCCCAUGCUGUGUCAUGGUUUACUGGGGAGGCAGUACAGAAUGAAUUCGAGGAUAUAGAAGCUGAUGAAGAUGAUUAUGAAGAUGAAGAGGAAGACGAUGACGAUGACGACGACGACGAUGACAAUGAGGAGGAAGAGGAGGAAGAUGAGGACAAGGGACAGGAAGGCAAAAACCAGAAGAAAAGUGGCAGGGCCAGGGCUGGGAAAGGUCAGCGAGGUGAAGAGCCUCCUGAAUGCAAGCAACAGUAGUGUCUGGUUGCACGUUGCAGGCAGAGAUAGGUUUAGUGUCAGUGGAGUAAAUACUGCGGAUAGCUCUAGUUUACUUCUAUUAAAACUUACAAUCGAAAUUUUUACUGUGUGGUCCUUUUUAAGUUGAUUUUUUUGGGGCUGUUUAAUGGGGUUCUUUGGGCUGCUCUCCGGUAUUGUGAAUUUUAUUUCCAUCUUUGAAGUUAGAAGUAUUAAUGUGUGCUUUGUCCAUAUUUGUCGUGUAUUAUACGACAUUGUACAUAUAUUCUUACAUUACUCUGCUUUUUCUACAAAAGUUCAAAUUCUGUCAACUUGUCUGUGUAAGAAAGAACAAUAAAAGCACAACCUGAGAUCAGGGUGCUUGAAGGAAGAAUCAUGCAAAGAAUGAAAAUAGCGGCCACGAGUUACCUAUUAUUUA